AUGCAGGUGGAGCCAGUGCGAAGUUUUCGAUCCGGACGCAGCUACUUGACAGAAACCUGCAGCCCACAAGUUGUGAUCGUGUGCCUCCUCUCUGCAUGUUUCAGCUUGAUGCUUGGCUUCUGGGCAGACGAUGAACCUGAGCUGCGCCGUUUCUUCGAAGUCUGCAAAGGGACCGGACGGAAGCGGACCUGCUAUUCAAGGCCCUGGACGGCACUCUUUGUGGGGAACGUGCUUUUGGCUGCCACAGCCAUGAUGAUGCAGGGCUACCGGAGCCACUUUGUCUUCAUGGGGGCCGUCACUCUCUUUGGGACAUGCGGUGUUAUCUCUACUAGCCAGGCCCUGGCAGGCUUUUCGAGCCCUGGCAACAUUGCAUUUCAAGCUGUUUUGGUCUUGGUCGGUGGAAUCCAGGACUCCGGCGUGUUGGAUCACAUCUUCUCGCGUCUUCUAGGGGCUGAGCAAAAGAACCUUAAGGCAUUUUUGCGGGUUCAGUUGGUCACAGCCUUCCUGAGUGCUUUUGUUCAGCAAACAACUGUAGUAGUCGCAGCCGCACCGGCGCUGCAACGUUGGGCGCCCCAAGCCGGGUUCACCCCACGCGAGAUCUUGCUGCCCAUUGCAAGCGUUGGUGGGAUGAGCCAAAAUUUCAUGAUCGUAACCUCCACUGUGGCUCUGACCAUCUUUCAGACCAUGCCAGAGGCGGAGCUGCAAAUGCUGGACCCAGCCCUUGGGUGCAUUGUGCUCACGGCCCUCACUUGCAUGUAUUGCACCCUUGCCACGAAGCCACUUCUGGGAUCUGCGGCAGUGGAGCCUCCCAGCCGAAUGGAGCACUUGCGGCAUCAGUGCAGCAACCGCUACUACCUGUCUUUUGAGAUCGCGAAGGGAUCCUUUCUGAUCGGUUCCACGGUUGCUCAAGCAGGGCUGCUCUCUCAGCCGGGUGCUUCUCUGGUUGAUACCGACUUCGCGCUGGACAAGCGACUGGAGGUCGGCGACUUCCUGCACUUCGCCGCCACGGCGGCAGGGGUUGCCCAGAUCCGCAACAGGAGCCCAGGGCUGAUGAUGAAAGGAGUGGAUCCCUUGGCGGUCUUAGGAGCCCAGCGCCAUCGGAGAAGGCUCUUUGAGGUUGGUAUCGCCCCAGGCUCUCCACUUGUGGGCUGCAAAUUGCCCAUCAGCUUGAACCAGGCCAGCUGUAUAGCUGCACGGCGCCCACAAGCUCCGAUGACGAUGACGAGCCCUUAUCCACAGCGACGCCCCUUCCGCUCGUCCCCAGGUGACUUUCUGCCCAACACGGACAUUAGCAGCGUCGAGCUGGGUGAGUUUAGGGAGGCUUUGUCUGCCGGGGACAUCCUUUUGGUGGAGGCGUUCCUGGAGUUUGCCGACUUGCCUGAAGUGGACAGGAACUUCAGCUUUGUUGCAGUGGUUCCGGAGUCAGCUCCGCCACGCCACGGACGCCCUGUGGAUCAGAGAAGAGGAUGGCUGGCACUUCUACUGCUGGCGAUCGUCAUUGUUUGCUCUGUUUUGAACUUCUGCGAGCUGGUGUUCCUUGGCCUCGCUGCUGUUGGCCUCUGCAUUAUUCUGAAUAUUGUCCACCGGGAAGCAGUUUUGCAGCGCCUCAACCUGCCCAUUUUCCUCACCAUCGCGGGAGGUCUCGGUGUGGGACAGGCCAUCAAAGAAAGCGGACUCGGCAACGCGUGGGCAAAGCUGGUGAUAUCUGCCGGGCAUCAUGCCGCCCUCGGCCAUCCGCUGGGCAUCCUGGUGGCCCUGUCCUUCAUCACAUCACUACUGGCAAAUCUCAUGUCGCAUACUGCCACAGCCGCUCUGAUGGCGCCCAUUGCCAUGAGGGUUUGUUCCUCGGAGGGCAUGAACUUGAAGACGACAGCGCUGGUUCUGGUUUUUUCGGCAAACGCAGCCUUUGCAAUGCCUUUCGCUACUUCGUCCAACAUCAUGAUCAAAGGCUUAGGGCCAUACGACUUCGCCGAUUUCCUGCGAUUCGGACUGCCGCUGCAGCUGAUGUGCUUGAUAGCUAUCCCGGCGCUCUGUGCUUUCCAGUUCGGCUUGUCUGAUCCGAAUGCCAUGGAGACGUGA